GAGCCAGCCAUCCAUCAUAUCCUAUCGGUGUACAUGUAGAGAGAAGGAAAAAACGCAGCAAAAAUUUCGGAAGCGCCUCUAUUUUCGAUCAAUAUUUCCUGGUAAAUUUCGUCGCAAGUUUCGCCAAGAUUGGUGCAGCGGAAGGAUUCGGUCCCAAGAAAACCCGUGUGUCGUGUCCGUGUGCCGCGCGCCGUUCGUGUCCGCCCGCAAAUUCGUUCCGUGCAAAAUCUGCGUACGAGAGUUCGGUCGAAGAUUCUUCGUCGUCGUCGCCGUCGUGAAAUCUUCCGCGACAAAAGAAGAGUGGUGCCUGCUUGCUUCCCUCCUAUCGUCCGCUACAGCUGCUUGUUUGUCGUCCGCUCGCUCGAUCGCUGCCUAAGUAGCUGGAAGAAGCUCUCUCUCUGUGUGUGUGUGUGCACGCGAUUGUCCGUGAGCAUUGUUUUUCUGCAAACAACAACCCGCAAUCCCGGGGAAGAGCUAAGAGGAGAGGCAUCCCGACUCCUCCAAAGGUUCCAGCAAAAGCGGGGCCGAGCGCUAGAAAGGUGAAGAUUGUUGUGCGCUGUUUUCGUUCGCAGCGGGACCGGAAGUGUUGGUGUGAAUUCUAGAAUCUGCCCUUCGGAAUCGCCGCGCGUGUGUCCCCCUCGAGGAAGGAAUUGGUGAUCGAAAAUAAAAGUGUUCUUAGACGGGAUCGGAAAAGUGGGAAAUUUCGUUUCGCCGCGAGUGUACCUACUCUGCUGGAGGUUCAGUUCGCAGUGUGGGUGGGUGUGUGUGCGUGUGUGAGUUUGUGUGUGUGGGUGUGAUUGUGUGAAGCAGAGAAGGGAAAUUUCGCGAGUGUUUUCGUUCCCGUCGUCGGAUUCCCUACGGGCGCAGCAUUCUUCCGUUUGCCCGCUGGUUGGCUGGCUGCUGCUGUCGCCGCUGCCGGAGAAAGAGCGCCGUGUGUGUCCCCCGGAAGUAGAUGAAGGAACCAUCUACCGCGCUAGCCAAAGUACGUUGUAAAGCAACCGGCACCAUCUGCGCCGCCAAGCGUGGUUCGCUAGACGAGCCGCACCCAGUUUUGCUGCAACGCAGCCGUCAUCUAACGCUAACGCGCCUCCUCCUCCAACCGUCAUCAUCAUCGUCAUCAUCGCCCGGGCAACAUCGGCGCCGCCAAGCGAGCGAAGCGAACGCAAGUCAGUCUAGCACCAUCCGGAGACAACGCUGCCGAAGAAGAUGUCCCGCAAUAAAGACAAGUACGACAACAACAACCCCCGGCGGCAGCAGACCUUUCUCUCGGCGGAGGACAUUGCGGCCGGCAAGAAGACCUGCUGGCACGGCGUCGAGAUAACGGGCAGCGUGCGCAAUCUCAGCCCCACGCUGUGGAAGUUUGAACAUCUGACGGCGCUCUACCUGAACGACAACUGUCUGAUGCGGCUGCCGCACCAGAUCGGUCAGCUGCCCAACCUGCGCACGCUGGACGUGUCCAGCAACAAGCUGCGCAGCCUGCCGGCCGAGCUGGGCGAGCUGAUACAUCUGAGGGAGCUCCUGCUGAACAACAACCUGCUGCGUGUGCUGCCGUACGAGCUGGGUAAGCUGUUCCAUCUGCACGUGCUCGGGCUGCACGGUAACCCGCUCGGCAAGGACGUGAUGUCGAUCUACAACGAGCCCAACGGAACGCAGAAGCUGCUCACGUACAUGCUGGAUAAUCUGUCAGUGACCGUAGCACCACCGCCGCAACGUCCCUGGAUUCCUUUAGCGAGGCCAAAUCGAACCAGGGGUGCAUGCAUAUUCACCGUCAUGUGCUAUAACGUGCUGUGCGAUAAGUACGCCACCAGACAGAUGUACGGCUACUGCCCCAGCUGGGCGCUGAGUUGGGAGUAUCGAAAAAAGGCAAUCCUGGACGAGAUCCGGCAUUACUCGGCCGACAUCAUCAGCCUGCAGGAGGUCGAGACGGACCAGUUCUUCAACUUCUUCAAACCGGAACUGAAGAACGACGGCUACGAGGGCAUCUUCUCGCCCAAGUCCCGGGCCAAGACCAUGUCCGAGUCGGAUCGGAAGUACGUCGACGGGUGUGCAAUCUUCUUCCGGUCGUCCAAGUUCUCCCUCAUUAAGGAAAGCCUGAUCGAAUUCAACCAGCUUGCGAUGGCGAACUCGGAAGGGUCGGACCAUAUGCUUAAUCGGGUAAUGCCCAAGGACAACAUCGGGCUGGCGGCGCUGCUUAAAGUGAAGGAAAGUGCAUGGGAAAGCGUCCCACCGGAGCAGACUGCAUCCUCGCAGCCAAUUCUGGUGUGUACGGCGCACAUUCACUGGGAUCCGGAGUUCUGUGACGUCAAGCUCAUCCAGACGAUGAUGCUGAGCAACGAGCUGAAGACGAUGCUGGACGAGGCCGGUCACAGCUUCCGGCCGGGAUACAAGUUCGAUGUGAACAACGUGCAGCUGGUGCUGUGCGGUGACUUCAACUCGCUGCCGGACUCCGGGGUGAUCGAGUUUCUCAGUGCCGGACGUGUAUCAAUGGACCAUCAAGAUU